CCGUGCUGCAUUCCUAAUGGUAGGAAGUAGCUGUCAGUCACUGGCCCAGAGGGGCGGGACGUCAGCGCUAUCAAGCUUAGUUGAGCUUUUCACUUUGCCUCCCUCCCCCCUUUCUCCCCUUCGUUGCCUCCCCCCUCCCCCCUCCCCCCUUACCUUCUCACUAGUUCUCUCAUCUAAUCCUCCCCUCUUCUCCUCCCUUAUCCCCCUCCCCCUUCUCUCCCCUCGGUGUGUGCAUAAGCUGUGGCCGGCUGAUCCGAGCACCAGAGCUGCCUCCCCCGUGGGCUUCGAUCCAGGGGCCUCGAGGCUCCUCGCUCCUGCUCGCCCGGCUUUGGGCAGCUUCGUUCCUCCCUCUCACCUUCCAGGCCCCGGGAUGGCGGCGGCGAUGCUCUCUGGCACAGGUUCGGCCCCCCCGCCCGGGUCCGGUGGUGGUGGCGCCGAUGGUGACGGCAGUGGCGGCUGUAGAGGGUCCCCGCCGGGGGGCUGGGCCGUGGCUCGGUUGGAGGGCCGUGAGUUCGAGUACCUGAUGAAGAAGCGAUCGGUGACUAUCGGGCGGAAUUCGUCUCAGGGCUCCGUAGAUGUGAGCAUGGGCCACUCAAGCUUCAUUUCCCGGCGCCACCUUGAGAUCUUUACUCCCCCAGGCGGCAGCCCGACCCCCUUGGCCUUUGGUGCUGGGGAGCAGCAAUCUCAGCUUCAGCCCCCGGCGCAGCAGCCGCCCCCGCCACCCCCGCCUCCCCCGCCUUCCCAGCCCGGCUCCGCUGAAGACCCCAGCACCGGCGGAGAUUUCUAUCUGCGCUGCCUAGGCAAGAACGGCGUCUUCGUGGACGGCGUGUUCCAGAGGCGGGGGGCGCCCCCGCUGCAGCUGCCCCGAGUAUGUACCUUCAGAUUUCCUAGCACAAACAUCAAGAUAACAUUUACGGCAUUGUCCAGUGAGAAGAAGGAAAAACAGGAAGCCCCAGAGUCCCCAGUUAAGCCUGUGCAGCCUCAGAUCACUCCCUUAACAAUAAACAUUCCUGACAACAUGGCUCACCUGAUCAGUCCUCUGCCUUCUCCCACAGGAACUAUCAGUGCUGCAAAUUCCUGCCCAUCUAGUCCCCGAGGGGCAGGCUCUUCAGGGUACAAAAUGGGUCGCGUUCUACCCACUGAUCUACAUUUAAUGGCUGAUAAUUCACAGUCAGAAAAUGACAAGGAAGCUUCAGGUGGAGAUAGCCCAAAGGAUGAUUCAAAGCCUCCUUAUUCCUAUGCACAAUUAAUAGUACAAGCAAUUACAAUGUCUCCUGAUAAGCAGCUUACACUAAACGGAAUUUAUACCCACAUAACUAAAAACUAUCCAUACUACAGGACAGCAGAUAAAGGCUGGCAGAAUUCAAUUCGCCACAAUCUCUCUCUGAAUCGUUAUUUCAUCAAAGUACCACGUUCCCAGGAAGAACCAGGCAAAGGCUCAUUCUGGAGGAUAGACCCUGCCUCUGAAAGCAAAUUAAUAGAGCAGGCUUUUAGGAAAAGAAGGCCUAGGGGAGUACCUUGCUUUAGAACCCCUCUGGGACCGCUCUCUUCUAGAAGUGCUCCAGCUUCUCCUAAUCAUUCUGGAGUGUUGUCUGCUCACUCCAGUGGAGUACAAACCCCUGAGAGCUUAUCAAGGGAAGGUUCUCCAGUCCCUAUGGAUCCUGAGCCUAGUGCUAUACAACCUAAACUAGCAGUAAUACAAGAAGCUCGGUUUGCCCAGAGUGCACCAGGUUCACCUUUGUCUAGCCAACCAGUUUUAAUUACUGUACAACGGCAACUACCACAAACUAUUAAACCAGUUACCUACACUGUUGCAACACCUGUGACCACCUCAACAUCCCAGCAACCUAUGGUACAGACGGUUCAUGUUGUUCAUCAGAUACCAGCUGUAUCAGUCACAAAUGUGUCAGGAUUAGCUCCAGCAAACACUUAUACUGUAGCUGGACAAGCGGUGGUCACGCAAGCUGCAGUGGUUACUCAGUCCAAGAUAGAACCUCAAGAAAAUGGAGACCACAGAGAAGUAAAAGUUAAAGUAGAACCUAUUCCUGCUAUUAGCCACACUACAAUAGGAGCUGCUAGUCGGAUCAUUCAAACAUCGCAGACCACUCCUUUACAGACAGUUACCAUAGUGCAACAGGCACCUCUAGGUCAACACCAGCUACCAAUAAAAACUGUAACACAAAAUGGGACACAUGUAGUACCAGUGACCACUGCAAUCCAGGGACAGGUCAGCACUGCUGCUGCAAAUCCUUUACAUAUAUUGGCAACCCAUGCAUCAGCAUCAGCAUCACUGCCAACCAAACGUCAGAAUGGUGACCAAUCUGAGCAGCCAGAACUGAAACGUAUCAAAACAGAAGAUGGUGAAAGUAUAGUCAUCGCUGUGAAUGUGGACACACCAUCUUCAGCAGUGAGGGAAAAAAGCAUUCAAAACUAAAAACUUUGAUUUCUUUUCAUAUUUAAAAAAAGUUUUUAAAUCAACUCUGUGGUGCCAAAAGGAGACAUUUAAGUUAAUAUCUAAAAUGUUGGGACACGUUCUCACUCAGUGGAUAUAUGGGCCCUGUGAACAGACUUCAAUAUUCAGCACUGAAAAACAAAAAUGAAAACACAGGUGGCCUUAAAACUCAGUAAUUUAAAAACAAAAAUCAAACUAAAAAACUCAAACAUCUUCUAAAGUCUGUGACAUACCCUCUCUACUAAAUGAUCUCUGUUGCUGCAGAGUUGGGGAGAGCUACAGCUUUUAAACUUAAAUAAUAAAAAACAAAACACUUGAUUAUUUUAAGGACUGAGUAUCUCAGCAUAACGACAGCAUGAUAAGCGCUUAGUGUAAACUGUUUUAAAUGAUUGUAUAAUCCUUAAAGGGAACAGAGGCAAAGAGCCAUUUCCUCCAUCUUGGCAGCUAGCCUUUCAUAAUGACCUAGCCAGUGCAGUUGUUGAUAGAUAUGCAGUAUUUUGUUCACGUGGAAUUUUUGAAGUGUGCUUU